UGAAAACAUCUGUUGUUCGUUACGUAAAUUUCGAAAAUAUAAAAUAUAAAAUCACGCACUUUUAAAAUAUUUUCAGUAGACAAUUUUACAAUAUUGCAGCAAUGUUUGCUAGUUUUAUUCUCCCGUUAUUUUUGUUGAAUGAGAUAUCAGCUUCAAAUGCUCUAAUUGAGUGCCCUAUAUCGGCAGAAGAGCUUUUUUACGGAGCAGAAAAUGAUUAUGUUUAUCCAAUUUCUUUUCUACUUUAUACUUCACAUAACCGGUAUUAUCCUGAGAAUUUAACAUUUGCCAAUUGUUAUGGGAAUACUAACUACAAUCCAAAGUUGAAAACAGUAAUGAUAAUAAGUGGAUACGAGAUGGAUCCUUAUGCUGAACCUAUUAUAUUUUUAAAAGCCGCUUAUUUAUAUUACCAACAUUGUAAUGUGAUCAUUGUGGAUUGGAGUUUAGGAGCUGCUCUUCCUCUAUUUCCUUAUGCAGUAAGAAACACGCUACCGACAGGCAAAUAUAUCGCAGAACAAUUAGAAAGUUUAAAGAGAAACUGCGACGAAAUCGAUUUUUCCAAUUUUCAUAUAAUUGGAUAUAGUCUGGGAUGUCAGGUAGCGGGAUUUCUUGCAAAUCAUUUAAAAAUAGGAAAGAUUGGAAGAAUUACAGGAUUAGAUUGUGCUGGCACCUGCUUCGAAGGGAAUGCACCAGAAUUUAAACUUGAUAUUUCAGAUGCAUAUUUUGUAGAUUUUAUAACUACUUCAAUAUCCUUGCAAGGUUUCGUGAAUGAAUCAGCCGGACAUUUGAAUUUUAAACCAGACGGAGGCCAUAUUGGUAGGGGAUGUGGAGAUGAAUAUCUAAUGCGAAAUAAGGAAUUAGAUUUUGCAUAUGAGUUCGCCGGUAUUGUAAUUCCUGAAAUAGUAUUCGAAUGUUCUCAUACACGUGCAGUUUAUCUUUUCGGUUCUUCUCUUUACUCUAAAAUUCCUCCCGUUGCUUAUCAAUGUAAGGACUAUGAAACCUUUAAGAGAGGAGAAUGUAGCGAAUGUGGUGAAGAUGGUAAACGAUGCGCUAUGUUGGGAAUACAUGCAGAAAAGUACCCUUAUAGAAGCACAAAUGAAACCGUAACGAUGUACAUGGCUACAACAUUCACUAAUGAUUACUUUUUGUACCAUUAUCACGUUGAAGUCACACUGGGUUCGGGUCCGAAUAUUACAACCGAAGUAGGUAAAAUGCUUCUGGUUAUAAAUUACGAUCGAAGUGAAACAGUAAACGUUGUACUGGAUGAAGUUUUGUAUGUCAAUUAUAAUACAGACACGCUUAGACCUGGCGAAAAGAAACAAUCUUUAAUAGUCUCUACUUAUAGUAUCUAUCCAGUAAUUAGUUUGGAGUUUAUUUGGUACACUACACUACCACGUGCAGACAGCAAGUUAUCUGUGAAGUGCGUUAAGAUUGUUCCUAUGAAUAACUUGGAGACAGAUCGCUCCCGUUUGACUAUGUAUGGCACUUCAUACGGUGGACCAAUUUAUCCUGAAGAAUUUGUGUUGUUGAAUUUGGUUGCAAGUUGUUAGAGAUAUGAGAUUGAUUUCUAAUAAUUUCGUUCUAUAUACAUUUAGUUAAAUCAUAUAGUAUAUUUGUGACAAUUCAAAUAUAGAUAAUAAUUUACAAAAUUUAUGAUUAAUUAAAAAAUAUGUUACAUGGUGAAGGAAUUAAUAGAAUAUUUA